GACACAUCUUUCUCCCUCGCGCUUGCCUGUCAUCCAAAGCCUGACUUGGUGAUACCGGGUGAUUUGCUCAGCGGCCGAGAUGUUGUCUCGGAGUUGCACGUUUUCUAACGGGUAUCUGGACCAAAGUUUCCUUCAACAGCAGAGACACACGCCCGCUGUUUUGUUCACUCAUAUCGUUCUCUUUCUUCCAAUCACUGACCAUGCCAUCGCAUUCGGAGCCAACACUACAAAGGAGUCCGCCGAGCAAGGCUAUACCCAAGAGUCUCGCAGUACGUGACUCUGCUGGCCUUGAAGGAACAG